CCAAAACAGUUCAAUUUCAAAUUCAAACGGGCGGAGACGGUGGACCGGGUGGAUCAGCGGCGGAGUUCAACUUUCCUGAAGCCUCAACAGAACAUGUCUCGCUUGCCAGUUAUAUCAAGCAAGAGGGCCCUGACAAGCAGCAGCAGCAGCUCAGAGAAUGGCCAAGACUGUGCUCCUGCUCAGAAGAGGACUCGUAAGGACACGGAGCCCAUCAAACCACUUGGAGCAGCUACGAUCAUCGGUGGCAGGCGGCCUCCUCUUGCUGCAACCAAGGCACCUAUGUCAAGGCCAAUCAGAGGUGUGGGAGCUGCCACCGUGGCCGCUGGUCCUUCCAGAGGUGUCCUGAAACCAUCUCUAGCUUCAACUGUAGCAAAGGGAAGCAACAUUAAACCAACUGUUGCAUCCUCUGAUGCAAAAGCAGCAGGUGGGGGUGGGACCACCAAGCGCCAGGCAUGGGACAUGAAGGGCCGGGUCAGUGACAUGGAAGUUAAGAUCCGUAACUACCAGACCAAAAUGAAAACCGUCAACCAGGAGAACGAGGUUCUACGAAGCUCGGCGGUCCAGAGCGAAACAAAAGUGGCUGAAAUGCAGAAGGAGCUUGAGAGGCAGAGGAGCCAGAUCAGUAUGUAUGAGGGGCAGCUGCAGGCGUUGUCAGGAGUCCGUAAUGAGCUGGAGAAAGUCUCUAGUGAAAAGAGCACUCUUCAAAAGGAGCUGUCCAACUUAGAGGGAAAGUACAAGGUCAUGGAGACUCUCAGAGAGAGCCAAGAGACAGAGCUGCAAACUCUCAAGAUGAAGCUCUCAGUGCAGGAGUCAACUCUGACCCGCUUGCAGGUGACCCUCAAAGACACAGAGGAAACAGUCCGCUCUCUUGAAGAGACGGUGGCCCGGCAGCAGGAUGACCUUCAUGCCAGGGAAAUGGAGCGUAGACGGCUCCACAACACAAUCCAGGAGCUCAAGGGUAACAUCAGGGUCUUCUGCAGGGUGCGCCCACUUGUGGAUGGAAGCACCAGUAAUCACAUCCAGGUCCCGGCCAAUGACCUCAAAACAAUAACCCUGGCUAAAACAGAAGAGUCUCACACAGGCAAAACUGCAGACACGCAAAAAAAUUAUAACUUCAAUUUUGACCGGGUGUUUGGCCCCCAGGCCACACAACAGGAGAUCUUUGAAGAGAUCUCACUCCUGAUACAGUCAGCAUUGGACGGUUACAAUGUCUGCUGCUUUGCCUACGGCCAGACAGGAAGUGGAAAGACCUACACCAUGGAGGGAGACGAAUUUGAUGCAACCAGAGGUGUCAUCCCCAGAGCUGUACAGCAAGUCUUCAGGGCUGCAGAGAAACUGGAAAAAGAAGGCUGGGAGUUCACAUUCACAGCAAGUUUCGUCGAAAUUUAUAACGAGAGCCUGCGUGACCUCCUUUACACCGGCAAGGCCAGCAAGAGGCCGGAGCAUGACAUUCGAAAGGCGACGACCGGUGAGGUGACGAUCACUAACCUCACUUAUGAAAAGGUCAUCAACGAGGAUCAGGUUCUCGGCCUGAUUGCGUUGGCCAAUAAAAAUCGCUCCACGGCCCAGACAGCUCAGAAUGACCGCUCCUCACGCUCACAUUCAGUCUUUCAGCUGGAUAUCGAGGGAGUGAAUUCUGGCAGGGAUGUCAAAUGCAAAUCCACUCUGUGCCUGGUUGACUUGGCUGGCAGUGAGCGAAUGUUGAAGAGUCAGUCUCAGGGCGAGCGCUUCAAAGAGAUGACGGCCAUCAACGGCUCCCUGUCCAACCUGGGCAUCGUCAUCGCAGCACUGGCCAACAAGGAGAGCUACAUUCCUUACAGGAACUCUAAGCUUACCUACCUUCUACAGAACUGCUUGGGAGGCAACAGCAAGACCCUGAUGUUCGUAAACAUUGCUCCCGAGCCAGACAGCUUUGGGGAAACCCUCAACUCACUGAGGUUUGCAAGCAAGGUGAACGACUGUGUUAUCGGCACCGCAUGUGCCAACAAGAAGUAGAGCGCUUUUAAAAAACAGAACUCUGUUUUUUUUAACCAUUAUGGACACAGCAUGAAACAUUCAGUAUACAUGUUUUCCAUGCUUUUUUUACUUUUAAAUGAAUACUGUCAUUUUUGUUCUUGAUUUUUGGUGAAAGGUGUUUAUUUCUCUGUCUGUAACAUGGUGUUAUAAUAAAAACAUUCAGUAAACAUUCUGAAACCAAACUACAGUGUUCACUACCUUUUUGUAUUCCAGGCUAAUUGGUUCAGUUUCAUUCGACUAUAGUCUGGAAAUUAACUUUAAGACAUUUGUUUGAGAAGUCUGACUGUGAAGAUCUAGUUGCAUUUAUUUUGGGUCUAAGUUAUUUAGGCUGGUCAACUUCACAUCAACCCUGUAGGUAUAUAAAGUAAACUUCUUGUGUCAUAUUUUUAAGGAUGGAUGUUUAUUGCUUAACCACCAUGACCGGCACAUUAGUCACCUUUUGCUUCAGUCUCAGAUUGUGUGUGUAUACAUAGGACAUGAGGAUAGUUUUUUUUUUUUUUUUCUCCACUGUAUAUCUUCUAUCUCGUAAUUUGAGGAUUUACAUGAAAGGAGUUUAAUGAAAUGGUGAAAAAUAAAUGCAUGUAAUUCAGUAAGUCUGUAUGUAUACAGUAUGUUGGUUUGUGUGUGUGUAUAUAAGUAUAUGUGUAUGUAUAUACACAAUGUGUGUAUAAUUAUCUGAGAUGAUUUUGGAAUAAAGAUCAGAAUAAGACAAA